CGAUCGAGCACGAGGGUCCCCGCAUCAGUGCAGUCGGUUGCCGGUGAGCGUGAGCGUAGGUAGCCAUCAGCUGUUCGUCACAGCCACCCACAACUGCUUAUUUUCGCUUUACACGUCUUUGUUUUAUACUUAGCAACACGACAACCAGUGCCAACACCAGAGCUCGUCAUACAUUCCCGCGAAAUUUCAACAGCUGUUCAGUGCACGUUACGUUGUGAUCGAGUUCGCACGAAUAAGUAUAACUAGUGAAAGUCGGAUCGCAAGCAAUAUUUUGUCGAGUGCUGAGAAACUGUGCUGUGACAUUUUUGAAGAAGUGAACAUAAAGAACUGUUGGUUUUAAGAAUUAUAUAAACAAUUUUUGUACUUCGUGUACAAUUUUUACACUGCGGACUUUAAACAUUUUCUCUAGGUUGGUUUUUCUAAAAUAUAUGUUUUAUUAUUUUCACGAACUUUUUUAAAUAUUUAGAAUAGAUUGUUCCCCUUGUAAAUUAUUUUGUGAUCUAUUCCGACCUCGCCAACUCAGUUUCCCGGGUAGUGCUUCCUAGACCCUAUCACGGAACCUCUAAUGAACUCUAGGCACCUAAGGAAGGUGCCCUCUCGGCUGCUGAAGACGGCAGUGCGUCCUCGCCCGGUGGAACCUCCCGUCCCGGAGUUCCGUCCCCCGACUCCCCGAAUGGUUCUUGAGACUCCACGUUUCCCCUACGGGAUCCCAGAAGAGAUGCUCUACGCCAUUUACUCGCCGAAGCCACCGCCAUUGUGCCCGAUGGGCAGUUUUAACUCGGCGCCCAAGAUCCUGAACGAGGAUACGCAAGAUGACGAUGUGACGCUUCCUGCCAGGAUGUCGCAGGACCAGCUGCUGACGCAUUGUCGCCAGCAGAUGUCCCCGCCGUCGCUGAUAUCUCGUCACUUCCGCCAUCUGCAAACAGAUUGCAGUGAAUCCAAGCCUUCCACACUGAGGAUCCUGCAGUGGAAUCUUCUGUCACAAGCUCUGGGACAGAACAAUGACAACUUCGUCUCCUGUCCCGAAGCUGCCCUGGAGUGGAGCCGCCGAAGGAAUCUGAUAGCUGACGAGAUUGUCAGAUACAGCCCUGACAUCAUCUGUCUACAGGAAGUGGAUCAUUUCAAGUACCUUCAGAAGGUUUUGGGUACUCAGGGGUUCCGUGGCAUGUUCUUCCCCAAGCCGGAUUCACCCUGUAUGUACAUCAAGGGCAACAAUGGACCGGACGGCUGUGCUAUCUUCUACCAGACCGAACGAUACCAGCUGGUUCGCACUGAGACCAGAGUUCUGGAGGUCUGGAGGGUCCAGAGCAACCAGGUAGCAAUUCUGAUGAUUCUCCGGGACAAGGAAACAGAUGAAGAGAUCUGCGUGGCCACAACACAUCUAAAAGCUCGUAACGGUGCUCUAUUAUCGGCACUGCGCAACGAGCAAGGCAAAGAUCUGCUAGAAUUUGUUGCCCAGCACGCUGGCAACCGACCAGUCAUCCUCUCCGGAGACUUUAAUGCUGAGCCAAUAGAACCCAUCUACUCCACCGUUCUCUCUCAUGACCUCUUGCGUCUCACCAGUGCCUAUGGCCAAGGGGCAGAACCUCCCUACACCACCUGGAAGAUCAGGGAGGAGGGUGAAGUGUGCCACACGAUAGACUACGUGUUCUGUUCCCGAGACCGUUUCACAACAACCAACCUCCUAGAGUUUCCGUCUGGGGAGGAGAUCGGAAUCGACCGCAUCCCUUCCUUCUCUUACCCCUCAGACCACUUCUCAUUGGUGUGUGACCUGGAUCUUCAUCCCGCCAAGUUGUAAAUUCCAUCUUGUAUUUCAUUUGCCAUUCCAUCAUUCAUGUCAUCUGUUUUGUCUAAUUAAAGAUGUGAGGUAAAAGCAAAUGGAAGCUGCAAGGAUUCAUGAUGAGUUCUAUUCAUUCUGUUUCAUGUUUAGAUUUUGAAUUGUCACAAAACUACAGUAGUUUGUUUUGUUUUUUUUUUUUUUUAUUUCCUCAAUUUUGUUCUCAUUUUAGUUUGAUUGAACCAACAUUAUAAGAAGUAGUAGCAUUUUUAUUACUUUCAUUUGAACUCAGGCUUUGGAGUUAAACUUUGUGUUUGUGUUCAGUUCAAAUUACGGUGUUGUGAGAAAACCUUCUUUUGCAGAAUAAUUUAAAGGAACUAUAACGUGAAAUAAAAAAUUUUAGUAUCAAAUCUUUUUUUACAGUGUCCUUUUAUAAAUAGUCCCUUCGAAUUUUUGUACUUAAUUACAAUUUAUAUUGGAACUAUACAGACAAAUAUACUCAUAAAAAACACUUUUAACAUUAAAAAAACUAGUGUUAUUUACGUUUCAGACCAUGAACAUUGACAUACUAGUUCCCUCAAGUUAUUCUAUAAAACCAUGUUUCUUUACAUUCAUAUUUUGAACUGAACACAAAUAUUAAGCUUUGCUUUGUAAAAAAUAUGUUUAGUAUAGAAAACUAUUUUAUACAUAGUUUCAUUCUAUAACAGUAACAUAAUAGUUCCUUAAAUUAUUCUAUAAUAUGGAAUUUUUUUGUUUUUAAAAUCUGUUAAUAGUAAGUGAGAUGUCCUAGGUUAUAACAGUAUUCUCCUAAGUGAACCCCACUCAGUUCAAAUUUAUACAUAUUUUCUGUAAAAUAAUGUAAUAACAAAUAAUAAGUUUAUGUUAUUUGUUAUUGUUGAUAUAUGCUAAAUAGAAACAAUUCUCUCCAGUCCUCAAUAAUAUUUUCUGUUCAUCCAUCAGAGUAUAUGUAACUUUUUUAGAAAUCGAAAUGAAAUUGAGUUUUGAAUUAUUUAUUGAAUUAUGGAUUUUAUGAAGAUUUCCAGGUUUACCUUAAAACCUAUGUGUCUUGUACAGUUAAUGUUGUUUGUCAAUGUGUACAUAUUGUAGAACCCAUUAUUGAAAAGUUUACUUGGAGUUUUUUUAUAUGUUUACAUAAUUUUUGUACAGGCACUUUUAGGUUUUUUUUAUAUCUCUACUCUUUAUUAAAUAUGAAACAAAUUAUCAAUCUGAUGUCUAGUGUUGUUCAAAGCAGAAACCAAAACUGGACACUUACGAUGUGCCAUCUGUUCAGUCAUGAUUGUGACACGAUGUACAGAGAUGUUGCCUCCCAAGACUGUUUCUUUAUACUUACAUGACGCACCAGACUUGACAUAGUCGUUUUCGAUUUUGAACUAGUGGGUACGAACCAAUCUGUGAUACUAGUACUGUUAUCUGUGUUAUUUAUUGUAUAUUUUUACCGAUGAAGUUCUUCAGUACAUCUGAGUGAAGUCAUUCUCAAUGAUUUAUUCUUACCAAAGAAAUAGACUUAGUAAAUGGAUUAAAUAACGAGCCAGCCGCCCUUGUUGUCGCAAACUGAAGUACUUCAUUAUUUUUUUACUAAUUUAUAUUUAAGAUAUUUUACAAUGAUUGUUGUAAUAUAAGUAUUUUUACUGUUCUAUUUUAUGAAUGUAUUUGAUUGUAUUGCCUUGUGUAAUUCUUAUCUCUUGUUUAUCCAAAUAUCUCAAAUUUUAAGAUAAUUCAAUUAUAUUUACUUGUAUUUAUAUAUGUAUUUUAUAUUAAACUUUUAGUUUAUAAGUGUUUCGUACAUUAAUUUUCUAUUGUAUUAUGUAAAAGACAUAUUUACGUGGAUCUGUGAAGUUUUUAGUUAUUUGUACAACAACACGGUGGCAGUUGUUUAUUCUUGACUGUUUAUUGUAUCAACAUGUUAUUUGUGUGCAUUAUAUAUUUCACACUGCGAUAGGAUUGUUGUUGCACAAAUAAAAAUAUUUGUGUUA